CUAUAAAAAUUGUUCACCGAGCUCAUGGAGUUGUUAUCAUCUUGUGUUUCAGCAACUGCAAUGGCUAUGAUCAAAGUUCAUGGCUAUCAGUUGUCCACUGCAACUGCAAUGGUGCGUGCUUGUUUAAAUGAGAAGGAAUUGGAGUAUGAGUUUCUCAUUGUAGAUCUCUCUAAGGGCGCUCACAAGCAACCUCCCUUUCUCGCUCUCAAUCCAUUUGGACAAGUUCCUGUCAUUCAAGAUGGAGAUCUCACCUUAUUCGAGUCGAGAGCCAUUGUCAAAUAUCUAGCAAAGAAGUACGAGGGGCAAGGGACCAAUCUGUUGGGAAGUACAAUAGGAGAGCAAGCCAUGGUAGAGCAAUGGUCUCAUGUGGAAUCACAAUCAUUUACUGCUCCCUGCUCUGAAGUGGUGCUUCAGAUCCUGAUCGUCCCCAUGAUUGGAGGAAAGACAGACCAAGCAGUGGUGGAGAGUAACCUUAAAAAGUUGAGUAACGUGCUGGACAUUUAUGAAGAAAGACUUUCAAAGAGCAAGUACUUAGCCGGGUCUUUCUUUAGCUUGGCCGAUCUUCAACAUCUAUCAUAUAUUCACGCCCUUGUGAAUCUAGCUGGACAGGGAGAAGUUGUAACCUCCAGAGUGCAUGUGAAGACAUGGUGGGAAGACAUCUCUUCUCGCCCUGCUUGGAAGAAAGUUGCAGAGGCGAUGAAACUCUAAUAUUAGCAAAUUAGUGUGUUAAGGUUUCUUCAAAGAAAGUAUUUAGUACUUUGUAGGUUUUAACUGCAGCAUUAAAUAAAUCGAAUAUGCUUGGCUUCUUGAUGGCCUCAAGCUUUUUGGUGUUUGGUUUUUUUCCCUUAAAUCUUGAGAUGUUGCUACUCAAGAUAAAGUAGGAAUCCAAUUAGCAUACGAAUCUGAAAAUUGCAUAAGGCAUAUGCAUUUGUUUCGCUUAAAAUAUCUCCUUUGACCACCAUUUGUCCUCCUUUUGAUUGCAUUUACAAGUAAAAGAUAUUGAAAUUAGUGAAGAAUGAGGUAUCUACACAUGAACCACGACCAAGUAGUUCCAAUAGACAAAAUGAUGAUUGAGAAAUAGCCCAAUUCUAGAUUGAAAUGAUCGAAAAUCUUCUAGACAAUGAUGAAGUGAGUGUUGAGCAAU